AACAAUAUCUAAUAUAAUAGUUUUUCAUUAAUAUACAUAAUAUAAAGUUUACAGUGAAUAAGUGAAAACAACAUACUAUUUACGCGUCAAUAUGAAAAUUUUAAAAUCAUUUUUUUUUAUUCUCGUUUCGAUUUAUGUUAUUGUAAAUGUCAAGGGAACUGUAUUUGAUAUAGAUACGGUUGUUGGAUUAAUGGAUAGUCUAAAUGAUUCGUUUGGUAUUGGAAAGGCGUUAAAUGAGAAUGGUUCUGAUGAAAAAGGUGUAACAUGUGAACAUCUAAACAUAAAAAACUGCUAUAAUAAAUUACUUUCUUUUUACGAAAACGAAUAUAAAAAUACAAUUCUUGGCGUGUUCGAUAAGAAAAUAAUGGCGUUACUGGAUGAAUACAAUGUUCUAGUUAUAAAACUUGUUUCUCAGUAUUUUAAGGCCGAAAAUGAAAUUCCCAUAAUAGAUCACAUUAUGUUUGAAGACUCAAUGGUUUUUUGUGUACUUGGUUUUUUCAGCGGUUUCAAUAUAGAUCUAAAUAAUAAACUAACUGAUUAUAUCUUUUUCACUAAAUUAAAAAUGAUAGUAGAAGUACAUAAAAAUAAUCUCAAGGAAAUUGUUGAAAUCCAUUUUAAAAACCGAAAUUACGAUGAAUCAUUAACAGGAAAAACUAUUGCAUUGAAUACAUCAUUUGAAAACAUUACCACGACAUUACUUCCUGAAUUGAAAAAAAAAAUCAACGCAUUUUCAAAACCAUUUUGUGAUAUUUCUUCAUUGUGGAUAAAUGCCAAUUCAUGGAUAUGGACUAAAUUAAUAGACACUCCAAUAAUAUUAACAAAAAUUGGUAACUUUGAAGGUUUAUUGGCGUGGGAAGACUUAAUGGUAGGUACAUAUAUUAUUAUAAUCAUUUCUAUUUUAUGUUUAAUAUUUUGAUUUUUAAUACAAGAAAUGUGGCUACAGACUACAUUAUAUAAAUAUUUUAUUUAUAUUUUUCACCAUAAACGGACACAACGUCUUAUUACAACAUAUAAUUACUUAAUAACUUAAAUAUAAUGCCAUGAUGAUGUAUUUAUUUUUUAAGAUUUAAUUUCUAUAAAAUGUGUAAGUUUUCUAUCACUGUGAAAAUGACUUAUUUAUUUAAUUUAGUUGUAAAGAAAAAAUUAUGGAUUUACUUAAUUUGGAUAAAUUUGUUUUUGUUUGUGUCCAUAAAUCUAUAAAUGUAGACAUUAUUAUAAUUACUGAUUAGAUCAUUAUAUAGAACCUAUAGACACCUACUGAAAAAGUGAGAAUAGCUAAUUGUUCUAAUCAAUACUUUACUACAGUAUUGAAUCCAUAAUUUUAGUUUCAAAUAUAUACCAAAUUAAGUUUUAAAAAAUUAACAAUACUAUUAUUGUUGAUAGUUUCUUAUUUUUGCAUUAGGUGGCAGAUACUGAAAACAUCUCUGAUCCUGAUAGUGGUAUGAAGUAUAUUUAUAACUACAACUGGAUUUCAGUUAUAAAUUUAGUAAGUAUAGUUAUUAGGUAGCUUGGAUGUUUAAAUAUUGGAAUAUUCCACGUUACCUACUUAUAUAAAAAAUAGUAUUUUGUAGGAUGAAUAAAUAUUUAGGUGGAUACUAAUAAAUAAUACAUAGGUAAUGGGGGAUCUCUACAAAUGAAGAAUUCUUAGUAUUAUUUGUUUCACCAGCUAUGAAAAAUAAAACAAAACAAAUAUCAUUUUUCUCUUAUUCUAUUUUAUUUGCAAUGCUUUGCUGGAUCAAAAAUAGUAGUGGUUAUACUCAAUUUGUAAAUUUGGAUUAUAAAAUAUUGUAUUUUAAAAAAUUGUUUGUUAUGAUUGAUUUUUGUUUUGUUUUUUGUUUUUUUUAAUAGCUAGAUGAAGAUUUUAGUGAAAGAUGUAGAGAUUUGUUGCAAUAUAUCCUAGAUCACACUAAACAAGUAAGUUUUUAAAAAAAAUUGUAAUUUAUAUUCUAAUAGCUUAAUACUUUAGUUUAGAGGAUUAUUAAUUUAUUGUGUCAAUAAAAAUGGACUAUAAAAGUCGUUAAAUGUUUUUAUAUUCUGAGUGUAGAGAUUUGAUGUAAGUAUGUUUUUAUUUUUAUUUUUUUACCGUCUAUUAACAAUUUGUCUACAAGAAAUCUAGGUUCAGCAAUAAAUGACUAGAAAAUAUAUUUAAAAUCUAGUUAGUGCAUUAUGGAGAUUUCCCGAGUAGUUUUUGUGAUAAUUGUGGAAAACUAGAACGAAAAACACACAAGAAAAACGGACAGAUUUACUGCAAUAAAAGUGUCAAUAUUUUUUAUUAUGUUUUCUACUAGACAUUUGCCCGAAAUUUCAAGCGUAGAUAAUUUUCGAAAGAAAAUUUUGUUAUAUUGGUGUAUAAAAAGAUAUAUCCGUUAAAAAUGGCCAAUGAUUUAUCGUUGUGAACAGUAGCACAAAAUGAUCUGCUCUUAUUUUGAGUUUUCCGAGUAAUAACAAACGUGAACGAAGCAAAUUAAUAUUAUGCUUGGCUUGGUGAGGAUAAAAAUCAAUUACAAGUUACAACUGUAAAAACUUAAAUUGUAUUGAACAGUAUUAAAUAUAGUAUUGAGUAACAAUUUUACAAUAUAAAUUAUACUAUGAUAUAUAUAUUUUUUUUUCUUCUGUCAGUGAACAACUUUUCUACCAGGAAACUUUCUCCAAAGUAUAUACUAUACCACUAUUUCUGAAAGGUAAUUUUCUCUAAUUAGAUCAUUAAAGAGAUUUUUUGAUUUUCCAAAGGGUUUUCGAAAUAAUUGGAAAAAACCCGAAAGAAAAUUAUAGGUAAAACGGCUAAUACUUACGGUGUAUCGCGGUGAUUCCCUUUACAUUGUUUUUAUUAUGUUUUCUACCAGAAAUAUUGCUCCAAUAGAUAAACGAAAUGAGCCUUUUUUUGUUGCAUUUUAAUCUAAAUUAAAUUUAAAUCUUAAAAAGACGUCUUAGGAUAAUGAAGACAGAAGUAGCCACUGUUAUAGGUAAUUUAAUGUAGACCUGUAAACAACGAUAAAAAACAUUGCUUACGAAAAAACGAUUCUAAGUGGAAUUUAGUUGAUAUUAAUAUUUUGUCAACAAUAUACAGGAUGUAACAGGACUAUUUGACAUUUUUACAUGCAACUACAAUGUCAAAUAUUCCAGUUACACCCUGUAUAUGCAUUAUUAUAAUGAAAUAAUUAAAUAUUUUUAAUAUUAAAUAUAUUUUCUUUAAUGAUGUAUCGAUUUCCCCGGUUUUCGUAAGUUUUUCUUGGUUUUCCCGUGUUUACUUAGUUUUUCACAUUUUCUAAGAAAACUCUUGAGAAAAAUGACCUCUUGUAAUAAUGUGAAACAAGAUAUUAUUUCGGAUUGUUGCUUCUUUCAACAUGUAAAUAUGUUAAAUAAUGAAAAAAAUGACAGUAUUAUGGAAGGGCAGUAAGGCCCUUGAGGUUUAGGACCCUAAUCCGUUAUUCGAUAUUUGCAUCAAAUUAAAAUUAAGAAUACACGUUUAAAAAACUUUAAUAUUCCUAGGAUACAAGAAUAGAUGAUAGUUCAACCAUCACACACCAGCCCGAGCCUCUGAAAAUACACGCAACGGUAAUUUUAUUUUUAUACUCAAAUUAUAAUCAUUUUAGUGUUUUUCUAGUUAAAUUUAAAGUACCUAAUUAUUACAUUUUAAUAAACACGUACUAUACUUUGUAUACUGUGUAUUUAGUAUUUAUUCAUUUUAAUACGAUUUUUUUUACACAGAUAAUUAAGAUUUGUAGAUUAGACAUAUUUUUUAUAAUAACUUUCUGGAAAUAUUUUCAUUUAUUGGCUAUGUUAGCUAUACAUAGAAUACUGAACGAUGUUAGAUUUGUCUUUAUUCGAAUUUGAAGUUAAGGUGUAAGAGUUAUAGAAGAAAAAGAAUAUACAUUUUAAGUAACUAUACUAGCUACUAAGUCAAAAUGCUUAACUAUUGGUUCAAUAUUGAAAAUAUAAAAAAAGAUACACCAGUAUUAACAUGAAAAUAGCUUGUGUUAUCAAAAGGCCCAAUACCAUUGCAUUUUUUAGCUCAAAAAUAUGUCUUAUAGGGAAUACUCUCACGCAUUGUAGAUUAAUCUGAUUUCGAUGAUUAUUUUUUUUAUUGCGGAAAGAGAAAGUUUUCCUAUAGGCCGUAUUGAAUUCUGUUUUUUAAUAUUUAAAUCUUAAAUUUAAUAAUUAAUAUGCGUCUGAAAAAUGUUAAUAUUCCUAGACUACAGGUAUGGCAGAAAGUUCAACCGUCACACACAAGACCGAGUCCCCGCAAGAUCAAUUACGCCCAAUGGUAAAUUUAUUUUUAUACAUACAUUAUAAUCAUUAUAGUUUUGUUCUUAGCUAAAUUUGCCACUUUUAUACCAAAAGAAUUACUUAGAUUUUUAAGUGUUUUAAGUAUGGCACUUUUUCUAAAAGGAAAUCGGUGUGGGAAGGCACUUUAGUUCAUUUUUCGAUUUUUUCAAGAUUUUUCUUAUUCAAUUUGAAAAAUCAAAUUGUAUACAGGAAUAAAAAAGACCAUAAUAUUUUUUUAUUAAUAUCUACAUUUCGUACAAAUCUCCGUUUUUCCGACAUUUUAUCCCGGUUUUUCCCAGUUAUUAUGAAAACCAAUUGAAAAAUCACGAAAAUGAUCAGCUUAAACUAUUGUGAUAAAAUGUCCUUUCAGAAAAAAGCUUCACUUGAUAUACGAGAGUAAGAUUUAAGGUAGACAAGUUUUCACAACAAAUUGAGGGGUAUUUUUCAAUUAAAAUCGUCCGAGCGAGCAAUAUCUAGGUCUCUAGGUACACAUAAAAUGCAUUUGUUUUUUUCCUAUUUAGGUAUAAGGAAAAAAAAGUGCAAACAAUUACUUUUCAAACCCGGACUUAGAGAACCCGUGACCCCUAGUAUGAUAAUACGUGAUCAUGACCAUUUGACUACAACAAACGUAUAAUUGACUAGACAAUAUAGAGUUAUUUAAUAUAACAUAAUAUCUGUAUAAUAUUUUAACUUCAAAAAUUUAUAAUUUCGAAACUUAGUCAGUCAACUCAAUUCUGAUUUUACCAUCCUUCUUAAAUCGGCACUACACAUAUUUUUUUUUUUUAUCCGGCAAUACACCUACACUUAGAAUUGCUGUUGAGUGGUACGUCAAGUAGUGAGUCACCAUCAUUAUAUUGAGAAAUACAUAUUUUUGGGUUGGGGUGUCAAAGGCAUUAUCCCAUUAUGACAAUUCUUCACAAUACAUUUUUCCCCAACCUAAACGAUAACCCGCCUUCUCCCAGUUGCUUUCCUUCAAGAAGUUACCCGUCAGAACGGAGUUACCCCUUAUCGGCAUUAGUUUUGACGCUCAGCUUCCUCCUUAUAGUUCAUUACAUCUCUCCGGAAACGGACCACCGCUCUCCUGUUUCCCAUGUUUUCCAGCAUUAAAGGUUUAAGCAUCUACCCGGGUUGAAAGUUCCAAUUAUAUGGUUCAAUAUCGAUCGGUUCGCAGCGAACGAGAGUGUGGAAUGCGUCGUCCUCCUCAGCAUAACCAUCGAGUAGUUCACAGUGACAGGACCCGGCCAAUGGGUGCAGCCGAUACUAUGGAGUAAACCGUUGAAAUAUUAAUGAAAGAAUAUUUCACUGUGAGUUCUCACUCAACAGCUCAGUAGUUCCGUGUGAAUCAGAGCCCUAAUCUACUCGCGUCCGCUGUUCGUGGUUUACAACGUACCCCCUAAGCCUCCGGACCUAUCAUAUCAAGGCUCUAGUCUGUAAUAUGCUUCAGGUGCUACCAUUGCCAUAGUUCUCAGCUGGGGGGUUCCUCUAUCGUCAGUCCUGAUCGGUCUGGACGCUCAUCUGGCUUCGAACGAUACUUGCGAGCCAUUAGGUCUAUAGGUCGUGCAUUCGGCAACCUUCCCGGUCUCUUUAGAUAAGGUACUGUUGCUUUUGACUUUGCUAAUUUCAGCCCUACACUGGACCCCCGCUAGCGCGAGAGCCCUAUCGAUCUUCGCAUAUUAAGCGCAUAACUGAAUGCACAGCGCUCGUCAACAGACGCCUUCUGAUCUCAUUGGGUCACCGACGUUCGACAUUAUUCCAGUCAAAUUCGUCUUGACCUACCUGGUCUUAUUGGCCAUGGUUAGAUGGUGUGAGUCGUACCACGUCCUCUUAAUCAUGUGCACGACGCUCGAAUACUUCAGAGUGUCGCACAGCUCAACGGUCUGACCCUGAAUGAGUAACCUCAGGUCAGUCGGGCUAUACCCGACCUUAAACACCACGGCCUGGGUCUUGUAACGGCAAGUCGUGACCCCCAUUCCCGAAUGUGGCCGUCGCCGUAGCCAGAGCCCCGUUCGCGCGACGAGCGUGUCGUCCGCGUACCCGAUGGUAAAAUUAUAAUAUUAUAAUACAUGUAUCUCUUGGUAUAUUAAUUGGUAUUUUAAGUUUAUAUAAUGUUCCUAUAGCCUACGGAUACAGUAAAAAGUUUAACUGUCACACACGAGACCGUAUUUCCGGUAGAUCAAGUUAUGGCUCAUCUACGAAAUAAUUUCAAUAGCGAUCAAUUGCACUCAAUGGUAAAGUUGUUUUUCUACACAUAUUAUUAUCGUUGUGGUUUUUUCCUAUCCAAAUAUUGUAAAUACCUAAUUAUUAUAGUUUUACAGAUAUACAGGUUGAUUUAAAAUUUAUGUUACAGCCAUUUUACCAUGUAAAUAUUCAAAAUAGAGAAAAAUGUGUAGCACAAAAGUUUUUCGAUUUAUACACAUCUAAAAUAAUUUGUACAUUCCUUUUAUUUAUUUAUUUUUUUUUUUUUUGCUGUCUUUUUAGUAAGAAUUUUAGGACUCAAACAAUUUUUGAUUUCUGUCAAUCCGUUGACGAGAUGUUUCAAUUUUAAAUUUGGGACGGGGGAGAGUAGUGGAGCAUUAUUAAAACACCGCGCGCCGAAGCCGCUACUCAAACGAUGAUCCACUACUCUCCCCCGGCCUAAACUUAAAAGUCGAAUAUCUCAUCAAAGGAUUGACGAAAAUCAAAAUUUCAACACCGAAAUUUAUUUUAACUAAUACUACAUUUAUUUAUGGAAUUUUGUAUGUAGGUUAUCAUUUGGAAAUCAAAAUUAGGUAUUAAUUUCACCCCCAAAAUAAGGUUGACAAAAAAAAUUUCAGAACUAUUUGUUUCUUGAGUUUUCAAAAAAAAAAAUCCAAAAAAGUGUAUACUUUCCGAGAUAAUGAGUGUCUCAUAAUAAAUUGAUCACUCUGUAUAGUUUGAGAUAAAAAUUAAUUUGAAAACUAAAAUUUAUUAUAAAUAUACCCACAAACUUUUUUUAACUCAAAUGUUAAAAACAAACAUUACUUAUUUUUAUAAUAAUAAAUGUUUAACCUGUAAAUAAAUAAAUAAUUAUUUGAAUAAUAUAAUGUUUCACGUUACAAACUGUUGUCUACUUAUUAGUAUACAAUUAUAUAAUUAUAUACCUAAGUAUACAGUGCAUACUUAUCUUCCAAUGUAAAGUAUAUAUGGUACCAUACUAGUAUCUGCAAGUAUACAAUGCUAUACAUAAAAGUGAAUAUUUUUUUAACACUUUUUAAAAUUAUUAUUACAGAAAAAUAAAGUCAAUAACCAAAUAAUGCAGUUUAAAAUUAAGAUGGUUAAUGAUGAAAAUAUAAAUAAUUCAAAAAUGGUAACUUUACUAAUUUUUUUUUUACAUAAUCUAUACAUUUUUUUAACUAUCAUUUUGUUAAUCGUAUAUGGAUACUAUAUUAGUCAUAGUUUAUAAAGAAAAAUUUAACCCAUAUUUUUACUUAUCUAGUUGUAAUAUAAUGUUAUUUUGAUUGUUUCAUACAGCGGGUUCCAUUGAUAGAAAUAAUGCACCAGAAAUAUAAUGCACUUGAAUUUAGUAAAAUCGAUGAAUUUUAUCGUACUGUAAGUAAUUCAAUUGACGAAUAUGUGACAAAAGUAUUGUUUUAUAGAGUACUUUAUAUACUAACUGACGCUUUAGAAUCUUACCACCAAUCGGUAGUAGAAUCUUAUAGCUUUGUUAUAAAAAAAAAUAUAAUUGGGUCUAUUCCGUUUUCGUUGUUAUCACAUGUUGUUGAUUAUUUUCUAUACCUCAGAGACCUAUUCACAGUUUUCCAAACCAUAUGGGAAUUGUAUACUAGUUCUGAACCGUUGAUGCUUGAUCAAAAUACAAUUACUGACGCUAACAAGAUAUUAAAUUUUGCAAGAUUUGAGUAUUUCGAGAGCAUUAUUCGAUUUAACGUAUCAAGAGAAACAAUUGAUCAAAUAAGAAAAUUCCUCAAAGACGUGCGAUUCCACGGGGUUUCUACACACAGUGCUCAAGAGAAAUCGGAACCAGUUGAUUUAGCCCGUAUAGCAGAUGAAAUCAUAGAUAUCAAUAAUUAUUUGAUGGCAUUGGUAGAAAUUAAAAGGCGAAAUUAAAUUUAAGAAAUUAUAUUCAAUUUUAAAUACAUUUUUAGUCUGUAUGGUACAUAUUAUAUACAUACCUACAAACUACAGAGUUUGAAUUUUAUGUUACAUAUUUUCUAUUUAUAAAUGUACCUACGUAUACGGUGUAUUCAUCUAUCUAUAUUCUGUAUGUAUUAAUUUAAACUAGUUUUUAAUUUUUGUUUUUUCUUAUAUUUCAUUCCAACUACAAUUACAC